CCCCGGUAACGCAGAAAAGUCUGACUUCCGCCCGUCAGGUGCCCAUAAAGCCCCGCAUGUCUGCGCCAUGGGGAUGAAGUGUGUGAUCACCGGGUCCGGUGUCAAGGUGUUCGGCCGGGCCGUGCACUCCCUGUCCCGGAUCGGGGACGAGCUGUACCUGGAGUCCCUGGAUGACGGCCUCUACCUCCGCUCCGUCAACUCCUCCCGCUCCGCCUACGCCUGCUUCACCUUCGCCCCCCUCUUCUUCCACAGCUACGAGUCCACGGGCGGCCCCUGCCACUGCAAGACCCACAUGAAGGCGGUCACCGGGGUGUUCCGCUCCCUGCCCUCCCUGGACAAGACGGUGGAGAAAUGCCUCAUCACCCUGAGCAGCGCGAACACCCGCCUGGUCAUACAGCUGCUCUGUAAAUAUGGCGUUACCAAAACGCACAACCUCUCCUACCAGGACUGCGAGUCUCUGCAGGCCGUGUACAGCCCGGACAGCUGCCCCAACCUGCUCCGAGCCCCGGCCAAGCUGCUGGCAGAGGCGGUGGUCCACUUCCCGGUGACCCUGGCUGAGGUGACCCUGAUGGCCAGCCAGUGUGGCAGGGUGACUAUGAGGAAUUACAUAGAGGAGGACAGUGACAGCAGUAAGGCCAUGCUGACAGAGCUGGCCCUGAGCAGGGAUGAGUUCCUGGUGUACGAGCUCCAGAAGCAGACUGAGAUCACUUUCUGUCUGAAGGAAUUUCGGGGUCUCCUGUCAUUCGCCGAGUCUAUUGGCAACCCAGUCUCUAUACAUUUUGACAGCCCUGGCUGCCCUGUUGUAUUCAGGGUAGAGGACACCGUCCUGGAAGUACAUUUUGUUCUGGCCACUCUAUCUGAGACAGACAAUGUAUCAAAGUCUCAGAACCACAGACCACCAGUAGCCACUGAUGAUGACUUUUUGGGAGACGACAUUGAUUACAUGAUUGCCAUGGAAACCACCCUGGGUGUCUCAUCACCUGCCCCCGGUAGUCCAAACUUUUCUAAACGACCUCUCCAUGAAAACCCCUCCCCUCCUUUGGAAACAGAUGAGGAGAUGGAGAAGGAGAUUCCUGGUACACCUCCAAACAAGAAGUUUAGAUCUCUUUUCUUUGGUUCUAUUCUUGCAGGCUCUGGUCGGACAGAUCAAGAAGUUCUGGCUGAAGACAGUGAUAAAGACUCCUGAAACAAAAUGAUCCUACUUUUAGGGCACUGUUCUAAUAUGGGAUGAAGACAGUCUGUAAAUUUUGAAUUAUCAGCUCUUUAAUAUUUCAGAGAUCAACCACAUGCAGAAUACUGUUAAAAUUAUCUCUGUUCUUAUAAAUUAUGCAUAUAUUUGUAUAUAGGUUCUUUAAAUAUAUAAAAACAAAAACGCCUCUAAUGCGAAUGUUGGUUUGUUUUUAACUUGUAAUUAUCCACCAGUUAAACUACAACUCUUCAUUCCAUAGCACGUUGGGCUAGAGUACAUGCAAAGUAAUAGGCUAAUCCUGUUCUGUAUUUAUUUAAAAAAAAAACUGCUACAGAACAGCCAGACUAAACCACCCAAAAUGAUCUGUAAAAGUGCAUUCUCCUUGUGGGAUUUCCUUUCUAGCAUCACUAAGUGGCAUGCAAGGAAGUAGAGCAAGAAGAACAUAGGGAUCAGCGCUCCCUCGUCACCACCUCAGAGGGGUCCUAAGGUGGCCAGCUCUUUGGGCCCUGAUGACACAAGGCAUCUGCCGGAGAGUUUUUUUUUUUUUUUUUGUUUUGUUUUUCUGUCCAAGGCAAAUGCUUUGUUAGUCUUGCACUAAAGACAGCAUUGCACAUGAGGUCCCUCUGCUCUCCACCCAUAGUGCAUGUUCUAGGGAGAAUAGAAACGGAGUGAUGUCAUUCCGUUUAGAUGCUGGCAACAAAGCCAGUGUCUCGAAAUCAUGGUGGAGGUUUGCCCUGCUUCUGGAAGUGUCCCCACAGAGCAAAUGGGCAAACAGGAAGAGCCUGGGUGGAUUGGAUGUGGGUGUUGGGUAAGCCAUGACAAGCUGUGCAUAAGGGCAUCCAUUGGUUUUAUUUAUUUUUACCCAUAGGAAAGCCGCACCUGCACAUCAGGUUCCUACCUGUAGUGAAUAACCCUGAAACUGUUUUCGAGAUGUUUGACAAACUUGGGGCCCUUCCUGAGUCUAAACCCCAGUCCCUCUGCUGCUGUUUGCUAAAUAUUCACAGCAGUGAGUGUCUGUCUGAGAGUGCUAAGGGCGGGUUAUUUAUUUUUAGUU